AACUAUAGAAGAAUGUCUGUACUGGGGGAGUUGUAGCUCUAUUCAUUCCUCUCCCAUUGCCGCCUUCUUCGACAAGCUUAGUAGCAGUGGGCGCUGAUGGCACUCAGAAUCGUCCUGAGCCCAGUAACCACCGUCCGAUUGGAAGCCACAAAUUCCAACGGUGCUCUUCCCCCACGGAAUCCAGACCCGUCGCCCCGACUCUCCUUCUCCAAGCCCUCUUGGGUCGUCCGCACUGAGUCAAAUGUUCGUAAAGAAGUAAGAAAGACCCCGGAUCCUCCUUGUGAUAUUUGCACGGGGAGUGGAAGGAUUAAUUGCCACUUUUGUCAGGGAAAAGUCCUGAUCGAGAAAAGAUGCUUCUGCAAAUUUCUGAUGUCUUGGAGGACAAACUCUGUUGACAUGCAAAUGCUACCCAAAGGAAAAUGGCCAAGAUGGUGCAAGACUUGUGGUGGAAGUGGUCUCAGUUACUGCUCCCGCUGCCUUGGAACUGGAGAGUAUAGGUAUAUAAUGGGCUUUCAUUUCAUGAAGAUGGAUUCAGCUCAUACAGGAGACAAUUUGAAUGCAAUUCAAAGUAAUCAAAAACGACGCACUGCUAAGGAUUUAUAUGAAUAAUUGACUUAGCUACAAAAUGUCUCAAAGUUUGUAAAUGUUGUAUGAACAUCUAGAAUAUGUUGUAGACCCUAAAAUUUUCUGAUAUAUUUUCAAGCUCUCUUACAUCCA